GUCGGUCGAGAUACACCGGAUUGCAGCAGCUGGAUCAAGAUCAAGAUGAUUUGGCUCUCAGUUUGUCUCUGCCUGCAUCUGGUGAUGGUUGACAAUCUGGAAAAUUGGUCGCGAUAUAGCUUUGAGUGUUGUUCGCGGUUGAGCAGCUAUUCGGUGGUUGUUCGGUUCGCCCGGUUCAAUCCGGAAGGUGUUUGAGGGCGUUGAGACGCGCGCGGUCUGUGAUUCCGAUACAGUAGUGUACGGACGCCGCACGAAUUGCAUAUCUAGGAGAUGUGAGCUGUGCUCUUCGCUGGGCUUCAACAAGGGUUGUCCGGACGAAACAAAUCAAAUCCACAUCCGCUGUUCGUAGGGGGCUUGCGGUAUUGUACGCUUUGACGGCGGGAGUGAGUCUCAAUACUCAAUACGUAUCUACGUCUUCGUUAUAUAACCCGAGAUAUUGAGGCCUCGUACCUGUGGGAGUCUUGUUAGCUGUAGCGCAGAGCGUGUUUUUGUUGGUGCAGCGGAAUUGUGAUCCGUCUUCCUAGUGAGAAAGGGUAUGGUUCAAAGUAUGUGAGCCAAGUUUGUUCGUAGGCACCUUUGUGCACCGUCACGGUCGAGAAUCCUGGAAGCUGUGCUGCUACAGAAAAGCGCAAAACUAUACAACGUCUCGUAGGCCCUUGACUUUGGGAGGUUCCCGUGUGCUUCGUCGAGUGUUUGGUGCGGUUCAAAGCAAGUGUGGAUAUAGCGAGAGAGAAGAGAAAAACAACAUCAAGGAUAACAAGUUUGUCGAGUGUGAAAUUGAAAACAACAACUCCUUCCGACCCGUCCCAGUGUCCCCGUGUGGCACUUUGGUGAAGUUCUUCGCGCAGAACCGUCCGAUUUUGCACAAACGAGGAUUACAUUCGUUACCGGGGGCCGUCUAAUCUCCCACCAAAGCCAGAAAAAAGAGAUUGUGUAAUUAUAUUUGCAUUAACAUAAAUAAAAGUGGAUUUCUGCGGAGCAAAACCGAGUAAACAAGCUCAAGCGAUUCCAUCCCCAGGGGCUCAAGGAACCAACUCAAAUCCGAUGGAUGUGAAACGACUUCUAUAGGUUUAAAUUUCUCUUCUCAUUACAUUUCCCACAUUUAAUCCACCGAAAAGCAGUGCAGUGCGAGUUCAACCGUGUUCCAAAGGUUGCCAUUCAGGUUAUCUACACCAUCGCUGACAUAAUCUUUUUGGCCUGCGCCGCGUGCACGGUGCCGCCGCUUUCGGUACAUCUCUGUGGAUGAUCUUUCUAUCGAGUGAAGCGUGGUUCCACGGAAAAGGCGGAAAAGUGAAAAAGUUGUUGAAAUUAAAUAAAUUAAAAAAGUUUCGCGUGCCCCGCGCAGGGCCUUUGUAAGUGAAAAGAGUGGAAUUCCGUGGUGUUAUUUCGUUGAAUACAGUGAACCUUUUCAGAUCCAGCCGGGAAGGAAGUUCAGAGGCCAACCGAAGUGAAUGUAAUAUUUUUUCUCCGGCCCUCCGCUGCUGAUGUGGUGUGGUUUGCGGGUGAUUCGUUCCACUGAUUAGGAUUAUUGCGGAUCAAAGAAAACGUGCUCGCUUGCGGGAAGCAGCAGAAAAAAAAGAUAGGAAGAACCAGUGUGCCAAUAAAGCAAUUAAGUGAAGAGAGAAGAGCACUGCACGGAAACUGAAGCUGAAGCGGCUGCCCACCCGGAUGUAAUUUGCACGAUGUGCAUUGAGCCUGACCUGUGGUUUUGACUAGUGGUAGUAAUACAACUGAUUGCCGUCGUUAUGGUUGACCCACUGAAGAUUUUUUGGGUACUGACUAACAGCACUUAUUUAGUUACAAAAUUCAUCAAAACCGGUAACGCUGACAAGAACGACUACCCGCUCUACUUCGAGAAGGUCAUCUAUGAGGCGGACAUUGACGAGAAUGUCGAAGUCAACCACAACUUCCUCAACGUUACCGCAAAAACGCACGCUGAAGCGCCCAGUAUUCGAUACAAGAUCACAAGCGGUAACAUAGGCGAUGUGUUUGCGAUACACAACACAACCGGAGCUCUGUACGUAGCGAAAGCACUGGAUUACGAGAAAAUUAAAAAGUACGAGCUCCGGUUGACGGUGUCGGAUAGUUUCAAGGAAAACUACACGACGGUGCUGGUGAACGUCAAGGAUGUCAACGACAAUCCACCUGUGUUCGAGCGGUCAUCAUACCGUACGCAAAUCACCGAGGAGGACGACCGGGGCCUGCCGAAGCGGGUGAUGCGGGUCACGGCAUCGGACGCCGAUGUGGACCGACCGAGCAACAUAAUCUACUUCCUCACUGGACCUGGAAUUGACAUCGAGAAUCCGUCGGAGAGCAACUUCGACAUCAACAAAGCGACGGGGGAAAUAUUUGUUUUAAAGCCGCUCAAUCGAGAUCCACCCCAUGGGCGCCCGCUGUGGAAGUUCACCGUAUUUGCCCAGGACGAGGGCGGCGAGGGACUGGUGGGAUUCACCGAGGUCCAAAUCAAACUGAAAGACAUCAACGAUAAUGCACCGUCGUUUCCACAGGGCAUAUACUACGGUAAUGUGACCGAAAACGGGACGGUCGGAAUGUAUGUAAUGACAAUAAAAGCACAAGACCACGACGACGUGGACGAGGGAACGCACGCCAAGAUCGUUUACUCGAUCGAGAAGAAUGCAAUCGAAGAAGAAACGGGACUGCCUAUCUUUGAUAUUAAUCCGGACACGGGGGUUAUUACGACGGCGGUAUGCUGUCUGGAUCGGGAGAAAACUCCGGAUUAUUCUCUGCAAAUAGUGGCCACCGACGGGGGUGGUCUUAAGGGUACAGGGACAGCUUCGAUCAAAGUGAAGGACCUGAACGACAUGCCUCCACACUUCACCAAAGACGAAUGGUUCGUGGAGGUUGAAGAAACGGACGGAAACAUACUGCCAGAAGCUCCAAUCCUAACCGUUACCGUUAAUGAUGACGAUGAGAUCAACAACUUCCAGUAUAAGAUCAUAGAGAGCAGCGGAUACGGCGCAGAUAAGUUCGCCAUGAUCAAGAACAACGACGGAACAGGUAGUCUGAAAGUAGUUCAGCCGUUGGACUUUGAAGAUCCCAUGCAGAUCAAUGGGUUUCGCUUUCGAAUCCAGGUAACCGACAACGAAGGGAUCAACGAAACCGACAAGUACCAUGUGGAUCACUCGUGGGUUAUUGUGAAGCUAAAAGAUAUCAACGACAACACUCCCAGGUUUCGAAGACCCCACAUGGAAGCGCACACUUCCGAAAGUGACGAAGUUGGUAAGACGUUAGUCAGCUUCAAAGCCAUCGACAUCGAUAAGGCUGGAAAGAGCAAGAUCACAUACGUGAUCAACAGAUCAACGGAUCGAAAACGGCAGUUUUCCAUCAGUGAUGAGGGGACAGUCACGAUCCAACGACAGCUCGAUCGAGAAGCUACAUCCAAGUACAACCUAGAAAUCCUAGCUAUCGAUGAUGGUGUUCCACCACGAACGGCCACCGCAACUCUGACAGUAGAGGUCAAGGAUGUGAACGAUAACGCCCCGGUCUUCGCCGAAGAGUACAGACCCAUUUUGCUGGAGAACUCUCCAGCGUCGAAAAUAAUCGAAAUAUCUGCCAUCGAUCAGGAUGAUCGGCGAAUGGGGAACGGACCCCCGUUCCAAUUCCGAAUGGACCCGGACGCAGAAGAUAUCAUUCGGACAUCGUUUAAAGUUGAACAGAACAACAAGGGUGAUGGCAUGGCUGUUGUGUCUUCCCUUAGGUCAUUUGAUCGUGAGCAUCGUAAGCAGUAUGAGAUACCUAUCGUAAUCAAAGACUCUGGGAAUCCUGCCCAAACCGGAACUAGCACUCUGACCGUGACGAUUGGGGAUGUCAACGAUAAUAUUAUGCAACCGGGAUCCAAAGAAGUGGUCGUCUACAACUACCAGGGACAAGCUCCGGACACACCGAUCGGUAGAGUGUUUGUGAACGAUCUGGAUGAUUGGGACACGUCAGAUAAGCUGUUCUACUGGGACGAGCUGGAGAACCCCCGGUUCAAGCUGGACGAUACUUCCGGAAUGGUCACCAUGAGACGCGGAGCUCGGGAAGGUCGGUAUAAGCUACGCUUCAAAAUCUAUGAUCGAAAGCACGCUCAGGAGUCGCAUGCAAACAUGUCAGUGGUUGUGAAGCACAUUUCCUAUGAAGCUAUUGUGAAUUCGGGCUCGAUCCGUUUGCUUGGCAUCACAGACGAAGAUUUCAUUCGGAUAUGGGAUUACCGAACGCAAAAUAUAUUCAAAAGCAAGCUGGAGCGCUUCAGGGAGAAGCUGGCUGAACUUUUGAACAUUGACAAAAAGAACGUAGACGUGUUCAGUGUACAAAUGAAGCAGAAGAGUCCAGGAAUCACGGACGUUAGGUUUUCUGCGAGGAACGCGUACUACUUUAAGGCCGUACAACUUAACGGAGUCGUGCUACUGCACAAAGAGGACAUCGAACAAGCGGUGGGCAUCAACAUCACCAUGGUCAACAUCGAUGAAUGUCUUGUAGAAAAUGGUGAUUGCAAUGGAUCGUGCACCCACAUAAUGGAAGUUCAAGCUAAUCCUUCCCUGGUGAACGCCAACAAGACAGCGCUUGUUGGUGUUCAGAUCAAGUCUACGGCGGAAUGUAUGUGUAAUGCUAGGGAAUACAAGCAGCAGCAAAGCUGUAAAUCUCACCCAUGUUUGAACGGAGGCAGGUGCUCAGACACAAAAUCUGGAAUACGGUGUCAGUGUCCUCCUGGAUACAGUGGACCACGAUGUCAGCAAACAGUGCGAAGUUUUAGAGGUAACGGUUGGGCCUGGUAUCCAUCGCUGGACAUGUGCGAUAAGUCACAUAUAAGCGUAGAAUUCAUCACAACGAAAGCGGAAGGAUUAAUUUUCUACAAUGGACCGAUCGUUCCUCCGGAUGACAGCAACGAACAACAGCAGUCCGAUUUUGUUGCACUAGAAUUGGAGCAGGGGUAUCCUCGAUUCCUCAUAGAUUAUGGAUCCGGGACGUUGGAAUUGCGGAUACAAACCAAGAAUCCGCUAAACGAUGGCGACUGGCAUAGGAUAGAUUUGUUCUGGGAUACGGAACGUGUAAAAAUGGUUGUCGAUUACUGUAAAACAGCCGUCAUCACGGAAGCAGAUGACGGGAACAUAGUAGAGUUUGUAGACCACACAUGCCAAGCAGCUGGACGCGUUCCACAGUUCAACGAGUACCUAAACCUGAACACUCCUCUGCAGAUCGGAGGAGUGUUCCGAGAAAAGUUCGACUAUACAUAUAACCGAUGGCAGUACAUGCCAGUAGCCGCUGGAUUUGAAGGUUGCAUUCGUAACUUCAAGCACAAUGGAAUUCUCUACGAUCUGUCCCAUCCAGGUUUAUCCAAAAGCACCAUGCCUGGAUGUCUCUUCACGCAAGAAGUUUGUGACCUUAACCCGCAAGUCGCCAAGUGUUUAGAGCAUGGUAAAUGUAUUGGAAACUUCGAUGACGCCAAAUGCGAGUGUAAUCCAGGUUGGUCGGGAACUUACUGUAGUCUACCAACGACACCGACAACCUUCAAGGCUCAUAGCUACGUGAAGUAUGCGCUGAGUUUCGAGCCGGACAAAUUCACCACGCAGAUUCAGCUGCGCUUCAGGACGCGGGAAACUUUCGGAGAGUUGUUCCGAAUAAGUGAUCAGCACAUGCGAGAGUACGGCAUCAUUGAACUGAAAGAAGCCAAACUGUGGUUUCGAUACAGCUUGAAUUCCGGGCAGGUCGAAGAGCGUGACGUAUCGCUGAGCGCCGUUGAGGUGGAUGACGGCCAGUGGCAUGUGGUAAGGAUCCAACGGUACGGAUCUGCUGCUAUCCUGGAGUUGGAUGGUGGUGAGGGAGCUAAUUUCAACCAGAGUUUUUCAUUCGACGGGCACCAGUGGUUGUCGGUGGAUAAGCAGGAAGGUGUCUACGCCGGUGGUAAGCCGGAGUUCACUGGAGUGAAGACUUUUGAGGUGCAGGCGGACUAUCAGAAGAGCUGCAUAGACGAUAUCAGGUUGGAUGGUAAGAGUUUACCUCUGCCUCCGGCGACCAAUGGUACCCAGUGGGGCCAGGCAACGAUGGCCAAGAACAUCGAGCGGUAUUGUUCGUCCAACAAUCCGUGCCAAAAUGCGUACUGUCCAGAACCGUUCGAGUGCGUCGAUCUCUGGAAUAAGUACGAAUGCGCCUGCGGAGACGGUAUGAUCAUCUCACCCGAGGGAAAAACCUGUAUCGACCGGAACGAGUGUCUGGACUAUCCCUGUCUGAAUGGGGGAACCUGCAUCAACCAGGAGCCUCGGUUCAAGUACAAGUGCAUCUGUCCGGACUCGUACUGGGGCGAGAGCUGCGAGUUCCUCAAGGAACGGCAAGCGUUGAAAUUCAGCACAAGUGCCUUGGCUGCUGUAAUCACAUGUCUAUUGCUGAUUAUUAUUCUGUUAUUCCUGUACUUUUCUUGCUCUCGCCGACGGUCGGCCAACUUCAAUAAGAAGCCUGCAACGAAAGACGACAUCCGGGAAAACAUCAUCAACUACUGCGACGAGGGUGGUGGUGAAAACGAUAUGACUGCCUUCGACAUGAAAACCCUCAAAAUUCCUAUAGGACCACUUCCGGAACUGGUGCAGCACAAGGCACCUCCCGUACCGGCUUCCUAUGCCAUCACCCAGGUCCCGAUAUUGCAGUCGUGUCCGAUCAGGUCCUCACCAAGAUCGACGUGUUCCUGGACGAUCGCAAACGAAGGGUGGACGUCGAUCCCGCAUCCGGGCCCUUCGACGACCUGCGAAAUUACGCCUACGAAGGUUGUGGGAGUACGUCGGGCUCUCUAAGUUCCUUACAGUCAGGUACUGAUGAUGAACCCCAUGAGUAUAGCUUUUUAACGACAUGGGGUCCACGUUUUGAUAAGUUAGUCAAUAUUUACGAACCAAAAAUACAAAUUGAGGACGAUGACGUUAGUUAAGGGUAACUCUGUUUCGGUUCGUGCUUUGUUAUCCGUUUUUGUACUUUUGGCGGCGAUGUGUCAGUGUCACCGCGGUCGCCAGCCGUGUAAUAAGUGUAGUUAAUUGAUAUAGGUAUUAUUUUUAUAUACAUUCGAAUCAGUGUAGAUAUCACGAAGGAAAUGAGUAUUAAACGAAUAUUAGCGUGUAAGAUUUGAGGAAUCUCAUUUAGCUAAAUGAUACCAAACAAUACAAAAAGAGAAAUGAGAGGAAACCCAGACUUAGCUGUUAAGGACCGUAGUUGUUAAGUAACGAUUAAGAGAUUUGAAAGAUAUGAAGGAAAACUGGAACAGUCCUACGUUAUAGAUCAAGUAAUCAUUUGGUGCUCUCUUCCAUUUACCAUUUACCACAAUGAAAAGGAAUUUUCAGAAUGUAGGUUGUUAACUCUAGUUGGUUAGAUGAUUUAUUCUUGUUUGACAUUACGAAUGAACACCUCCCGGAAAUGCUUAUUUGAGGCCAUGCGAGUUAAGAGUUUUACUCGUUACAGCAAAAGGAUAUGUAUAAGUUGUUUUAGGUAUGUUACGUUUCAUUUGGUGUAAAAAGAGAGAAAAUGUAAUUAUUGUUGAUGUGCCAUUUUCCAAAAAUAUCACCAGUUUCUUACUCAUCCGGUAGAAUGUUAAGUUUAAAGAAAACAUUAAAUUACGAGAGGAUCUAAUGACUUCCACUGCUGUCACACACAAACCUACCGUUGAAUGCUGAUGAUUUUCCUUAUAGUUUUUAUUAGAAACCAAUUCAUACUGAGAUAAUUUCAUAACGUUUCAACAUGUAGUUUCCGUGUGUCUUGGUUAGGGGACCUGGAAAAAUAUUGAAAUUUUCAGAAAAUCUAAUGCCAGUACCUAAAUUUAUUUCGGUGGAGUAUUUCAGUAAGGAAGAUAUUAUAGUCCGUACUUCCUUUAGACAAAUGUACGACAGAAGUCCUUGAAUAAUAUGCUUCAAAUUUCUAAAAAGAGACUGUGAUCGGAAUGCUUGAAACAAUUUCCGCUGUUUUGUAUCAAUUCCCAGUGAACCUUCUUGAAGUUAUUUUUGGUAGAGCAUUAGAAAAUUCUUCUGGAAAUUUUGAUUUCAUUUAUGGUUAUAUAGUAUCUGUUCAUAAACUACGUAGGGUCUGAGAGAGAAGCGGGUUCUGGGUACAAAGAAUCGUGAAUCAACUAACGCCAAUUGUAUAGCGUUACCACCGAGAAACAGAUGUCACACUCUUAUCGCUUCCCAUCGAUCAGCUUUUUAACGGUUGAUUCAAAUAUUCAUUAGUAGAUCGAUUGACCACUCGCAGCGCUGAUAUCGUUUUUGCUCCUGUUUGACGUUUGCUCACUACCGCCACCUAGUGGCGGCCCGCCCUAAUACAGUACAUUUAGCAUUGGACGAUUACCUUUUUGGUGACAAUGUUUUCAAUGAAAUAUGUUAUAAGUGUUACGUCUGUUUCUCUGUGGCGUUACUGUCAAGCUUUUAGAUACAAAACGAAAUACGGUUACAGCCUCAGUGACGUUCCCAAUAUGCAGGAACCGACACCAGGACGAAACUAAGCAAGACACAAACAAAAAAGCACAUCUCGCUAAAAAUGUGCAUAGAAAGUGCACCACGAAUAUGCUACGGAUGAAAGCAUUUUUUUAUGACCGUUUCUCAACACACUCGCAACUCUAUUUGGGCGAAAGAUUUGAUUCGUAUUUUGGAACGAAAUCGAAUUUUUUACACCAUUUUGGAUGCGCGUUCAAUUUUUGCUGUCACCGUUGUUGAUCGAUAUAUGAUUUGUUUGUUGGUGCGACAUGCACUCCCAUAGCUCUACAGUCGUCGUCGGCAAGGCAGUGCAUUUUUAUGAUGUUUUCCAGUUACAAUCCUGCCUGCUGUCGCUUGGAUGCCACCAUCACGAAGCAUCGGGUGCCGAAAUAAAUUCCGUUUCUAGGGAAAAAUAAAACAGUUCAAUAAAAGUUGAAAACAAUGGAGCCAUGUAAAAUCCUAGGUAUGAUGCAUUGCGAUGCGAUGGGUUCUAAUAAAAGUUUUGAUUUAUGUACCUAUGUGUACAUGCUGUGUUGCAAUAGUUUUCCCGAAUGUGUCGAUUUCCGUACGAUUGGAAAUGUUGAUUUUGUCACACUCCCCAGUUCUGUGUUUAUCUUCAAUACUAUGUUUUGAUAAAUGCCAAAGACAGCGAAGCACUAGCUGAAAUCAAUUGAAAACUCCCAUCCAGGAUGGAGUGGAAUGGCGACGUAUACUGGAUGAUGCAUUCAAGGUUUAUCUAACAAUUCGAUAAAAAAAAAAAGUUUUACUAACAAUGACGACUAUUCUAUUGCUCCCGCUUUGAUGGAGUGCAUAUUGACAAAGCGAAAUCGUGUAUUUUUUGUUUGGCAUAAUGUUGAAAUUUGUAGGGACAACGAAACGAACUAGAGUAUCCUGAAGGGAAUUAUUUGCCAGCCAUAGCCCUUUCCGGUGCACCAAGUUUGGUAGUUCAUUUGGAGCGUUUUUGUUGCAAUUAAAUGUUGAAUCGUUCCAAUCCAAUGGGAAAUUAAUGCAUAUUGUCAUCCAGUGCUGUUUUUUUUUUAUUAUUGAUUUUCCAUUGUUGUCUUAUUUACCUUUAAACUGAUGUCCUCUUUGGCAAAAAUAUGGUUUUAUUCACACUAUUGAUUUUGCUGCUUGAUUACGGUGACUGUUUCAUAGACAGCGACUCUUGCUGUCUUGGCAGAGAUAUUGCCAAUGAUUUUUCCUUCCACUCAGCGAAGUAAACCGAAAUUCAUCAAAAUACCUGAAAAAGAUCAAAGACCAGUGAGCACGUGCACAACCCAUACGGCUAUCGACACUUGACCCAAGCAACACACUUGUUAUAUAUUAGUUACGACAGCGCAAGUUUUGGUUGUAUAGAAGUUGAUUUGACGUUAUUCCAACACAAUGUUAGAAUUACGUAAAAUUAACUUCUAUACAACCAAAACUUGCCCUGUCGUAACUCUAAUAUAACACAUGUGUUGCUUGAGGAGUAUAUCGUGUUGCUGAAUGCGUUCGAGAUGCUCGGAAAGUGCGGUCGGUUUUUCGUGGUGGUCGUUGACUUCGGCGUGCUUCUUCCUCCGUUUGAUUCGCGCGCAUUUAGGAAAACGACAGUAAGUUCGGGAGUGAGCCGUGAAUCAAUUCUUUCUACGAUCCGAAGUUUUGCCGCCCUGUGUAAUAUCCGGCUUUCUACCAAUGAUGGAGCAUCGGAGAUUGGUGAGUUCGUUACAUGUUAUUGGUUUGUUGUGAAAAUUCGGUAAAUCCAGCGUAUAAAUGGGAAGUUUUGAGUAACAUAUCUGGGUAACUCUCGCUGAGACCGUCCCACUAUUUACACCAUGUCUUCAAAAAUGUUUAAGGUGGCGAUUUUCUGAAGGUACCCCCCAAAAAAGUAAGAAAAAUGCAUUAGGUUUAUCAAUUUGAUAGACUCCCCGUUAGUUAGAGCCACAACCAUUUUUGCGGACCCCUCGAUUUUGAUCAAUUGUUGGCUCAUUUAAACCGUUAUAACUCAAAAGUUUCUCCAAAAACCACCUCAUAACAAAAUGUUGUUGAAAAGAGGAAAGAUAGGGCUACUAUUUACAGUUAUAAAAAGUUGGGUCGGCCAUAUUGAUUUUGGCCGCCAUCUUGGAUUUUUAUACCAAAACUGUUUUUUCUCCAUGUUGGCAACCACCGAUUUUCAAAAAUUUUGCGUCAAUCGAAAGCAGGGACAUUUUUACACAACAUAUCAAAAAUUUAGAGAUGUAUCUUAUUCCUAUCAAAAGUUAUCUGCACUUUUGUAAAUCAUGACACUUUAGCGCACUGGGUCAGGUGCCGGUUAUUUACAUAAAUGCAGCGUUAUUUCACAGUGUUUACGAACAAUUCUUUGAAACCUGAACCCACUAAUGGAAAGCUGAAGGUUUAAGCUUUUCAAAACACCAAACAACUUUAAAAAGCAAUGUCCGCAUCAUUGAGAAACAGUCAAAAACGGGAACGAACCUCCAAUUUUCCCUAAUUUGGCUGCAGGUGCCGUUGUGUAUACAAGCAGGCGCCAACUUUGAUGCUGUUGGGUGUCGUUGCCGGUGCGCAAGGAAAUGUAUGAAGAAAACGUGUCAUGAUUAACAAAAGUGCAGAUAACUUUUGAUAGGAAAAAGAUACAUCUCUAAAUUUUUGAUAUGUUGUGUAAAAAUGUCCCCGCUUUCGAUCGACGCAAAGAUUUUGAAAAUCGGUGGUUGCCAACAUGGAGAAAAACAGUUUUGGUAUAAAAAUCCAAGAUGGCGGCCAAAAUCAAUAUGGCCGACCCAACUUUUUAUAACUGUAAAUAGUAGCCCUAUCUCUCCUCUUUUCAACAACAUUUUGUUAUGAGGUGGUUUUUGGAGAAACUUUUGAGUUAUAACGGUUUAAGUGAGCCAACAAUUGAUAAAAAUCGAGGGGUCCGCAAAAAUGGUUGUGGCUCUAACUAACGGGGGGUCCAUCAAAUUGAUUAACAAAAUGCAUUUAUGUUACUUUUUUGAGGAGGACUUUCAGAGAAUCUCCACCUUAAACAUUUUUAAAGACAUGGUGUAAAUAGUGGGACGGUCUCAGCGAGAGUUACCCAUCUUCCAAAGACAAUCAAAGAUAGUCAUUUUACAUAUAACUAAUGAAUAAAUAUUGUACAGUUCGUCGCUAUUGGUGUCGGCAAAAAAAUGAACUACAGCUUGAUAUCCGACAAACAUUAAUUGUUGUUCGGUUUCUCAUUUAUGGACUUCUUUGAUUGGUUCGUCACGAGAUGCGUCGUGUUUCAAUAUAUCGAUUUCAUGACAAGUAGCAUAUUGGUUCACCAGUCCUCCCAAUUGCGAGGUGACGCAAAAUCUUUUUCAUUCCAUCAAUUUUCAUUUAAAAUUUUCAUGGUCUCGCCAUUUUUCCAAACUGUGAGGUGACACAUUUCUUGUACAGUUGCAUGGAUCACACCGCUUACCAAAGUGAAUCCUUGAUCUGUGCAACCAUCAAUCCCUCCCUACUAACAAAACUCCUUUCCGUGACAAGUGAGGAGGGUCCAGUAGUACAUACAACCUCUAGUAGCAACGGUUGUCGAACUAACAUUCCUUCCCUUCCCCGGUUGAUCGUAAGGACUUGGCCAGCGUCUUUAUUGAUGAUGGUGGCAAACCCCAAGCCAUUGAUUCUCUGUGCAAUUUUGCUAGCUCAGAUCUAUCACGGAGUAGCAACUACGAAGUGUACGGUCACCAAUGACAAUGCUCAUGCUCAUGCUUUAUGAAUGCGUAUGAAAGCCAAGCUGUGUGUCGAUUCUGCGUCAUAAAAUAAUGAGUUGUUAUGGAUUGUAUAAAGGCCAUUUCAUUAGUUAGACCUUAUGAUAAUCUUAGGUUUAUUUGACUGAGGUAUAUAACUAACUUGAUCGAUUUCUCUAAUUACUAUUUGGCCGAUCCACCCACAGUCAAUUCACACAGAGUUUGGAAUUCCAUCGCGAAUUACUGAGUGGCCUAUACUCAGCUUGUGCUACACUCGACGAGUAUAACACAUCGUGAAGCGACAUGCUCGGGAACGCUUUCCGUAAUGUGCUAUUCAUUCUCUUGCCCGGUUCAAUACGAGAACGCAAUCAAGAAAAAAGAUGCUCAGCGACGCCAAUGAAAGUAAGGCAUUCGGCAAGAAUAUUUUAUUGUCAUAAGUCUUGAUUAUUAUGACAAACAACCUGCAAUACCUGCAAUGGGUGUCAUUGGGCCAAAGUGGGGUGACAUUGGGCCACUAUUCCGCACAUUUAGAGUACGACGAGAAUGCAUAAUGUGUGCUAAACUACUAGAAUACAUACAGUGUAUCAAACAAUUGUCCGUACAGUAUUUUUUUGGUGAAAAUAAUUUUUCAUUUAAAUGUUUAUAACUUUUUUAUACGUCGAACAAAAACGCUGAAAUUUUGACAAAUUUUAACCCAUAUAUAAAAGCUCCAUUGGUAAAAUUUUGAGCGAGAUCGAAUAAGUUUUUUGAAAGUUAUAGAACUUUCAGUAAAACUUAUAAGAUUUUUGAACACUUUUUCAAAACAUUAUAUCUCAAUAUGUACUUGAUGAAACUUUUUCAUUUUUUUUUUGUUACAGCUUAUACCUAAGGCUUUCAUAUGCAGCUUCGUUUGAGGUAUUAUAUUCACUACAUAAAAUAUGAAAAAUCUGUAUAUGUUCAGAGUGUCAUUUGGAAAUUUAUCAUAUUUUGAUCAAUAAAAGUGCCAAGUGUUUUCAACUUUUUUAAACUCUCUUAAUGUAAUAUUUUUAUACAGGACCUACUAAACUACAUAUGAAGAGUAGAUCCUAUGAAUUUUUCGUUCAGUCAAUGCACUUUUAUUGGUGGAAAACGUUUGACAGAUUAUAUGUGCAAAAUAUAGUAAAUUUUUAAACAUCGUCAGCUAUAUAAGCACAUUUUUCAUAUUUUUUGUAGUGAAUAUAAGACCUCAAACAUAGCUGCAUAUGAAAGCCUUAGGUAUAAGAUGUAACACAUAAAAAAUUGGAAAAAUUUCAUCGAGUACAUAUUGAGAUAUAAUGUUUUAAAAAUGUGUUCAAAAAUCUUAUAAGUUUUACUAAAAGUUCUAUAACUUUCAGAAAACUUAUUCGAUCUCGCUCAAAAUUUUACCAAUAGAGCUUUAAUAUUUGGGUCAUAAUUGGUCAAAAAUGCAGCAUUUUUGAUUGACGCAUAUAAAAAAGUUAUAAACUUUUGAAAGAAAAAUUAUUUUGACAAAAAAUUUGCUGUACGGACAAUUGUUUGAUACACUGUAAUUCUAAGAUACUUGGCAUCCACCGUUAAAUUCUCUGACUUCUAUUGAAUCCGUAGGUUCGAUGGACCAAUGUUACCCUCUAGGCCCAAUGUCACCCCGAACGACGGUACCAUGAAUACAAUUAAAUUAAAUAGUAUGUUACGUUUUAAAAGUGAAAAUGCGUUAAAUAAUGAUGAAAAUACCGUAUAUUUACAGUUGUUUCAAUCCAACGAUGAGAAAUCAUCACUUAGCGAUGCCCGCUCAUCAUUGCAGCACUCUAUAUCGUAGUAUCUUCUUUGUUUUCCUUCGUGAACCAUGCGACUCGACGAGAGAACAUAGACACGCUUGGUAAUUGAAACAGAACCAACAGAAGGGACGAAAAACUGCUGAGUGGUUCACUGAUCACUUCGGCAGCCAAACACUGCACAUUAUUUAAUAACACAAAAAGCGGAUCGGUGAACAGAAAUCGAUAAUGUCAGUUUGGCCCUUAUGAAAAAUCAUUGUUGAAUACACUUCUAAGUAAUUGUUACAGUAUUGAAGAAGAUUGUCACCUCUCUCAGUCUCUUACGAUUCUCCUUCUUUCUGGCGUAAUGUAGCAACUAGCACAAAGCUUUGUUUACUCCUCAGCUUAGUGUUCUAUAUAUUAUAUUCUCCAUUACAUUGAUAAACCUAACCUUGACAAUCUUUGACUGUUCUCAGGUCAUUUGACAUAUGUCUUCAUUGGGGGUUAUAAUGGGUGAAAAUUCAUACUCCUACAGUCAUUGUUCAAUAACUUUUGCUUCUUUGUAUGAAAAAGUGAUUUGAUCAUUGGACUGUGAUCUUUGAUAAUGCUUUGAUGAUACACAAAUGAUGAAAAUAUAUUUGGAAUUCGUCAAAAUUGACCGAAAUGUUUUGGUAUAAAAAUUCAAGAAGGCGGCCAAAUUCAAUAUGGCCGAUCCAACUUUUUGUUAUUGUAAAUAGUAGCUCUAUUCUUCCUCUUUUCAACAACAAUUUGUUUUGAGGUGGUUUUUGGAGAAACUUUCGAGAUAUAACGGUUUAAAUGAGUCCACAUUUGACCAAAACCGAGGGGUCUGCAAAGAUUUUUGUGGCUCUAACUAUUGGGGGGUCCAUCAAUUUGAGUAACCAAAUGUAUUUUUCUUACUUUUAAGCGAGGACUUCCAGAAAAUCGCCACCUUAAACAUUUUUGAGGACAAGGUGUAAAUAGUGGGCGGGUCUUAGCGAGAGUUAUCCAUACACAAAUCAACUCAUAGAGUUACUAAUUUCGGCAUUACAGUCUUGGGGAAUCAAAACGAUAGUUUUAGAUUUUUCCCAACGUUUCUAAAAAAGACACUACACCGUCUUCAGCCAGAGGCUGCACAGACUGAAUAUUACCAACACGAGACAACGGACAACACACAUAACACCCAGUGGCCCAAUGGAGAAUUUUCCGUGUGACGAAAAGUUUUCCCCGACUGGAGCGGGAAUCGAACCCGCACUCCGAGGCUUACGAAACGCCUAGACGACUGACGCCGCUAACCGCACGGCCACGAAGCCCACCAGUUUCGACUCGUAUUAGAGUCUUCUUCAGGGGAUAAUUCUGAUUUAUCGUUUUUCGUUUGGGUUGACAUAGAACUGUCGGUGUCUAAACUAUUGAACAUUGGAUGUAGGAUAUUAAGUGAAAUGUAGCGAGUUUUCUUAAUUUCACUUAAUGAAGCAACUAAAUUCUUUGCACUACACAUCUGGUGGAGGUAACGGUUGGUUUGAACCGGUGAAGCUAGCCGUAUAUAAAACUGAAUCAAGCCCCAUCAUGCGCCACAUCAAACUGCGGCGAUUUUUGUAACCUUUAGCAUGGUUGACAAAUUUUGUGCGGACAUAAAUAAUGGAGACCAGAAAUUCCACGAUGUCAGCUCAAAAUCCAAGAUGGCGACUCCAAAUUCAAGAUGACGACUGUUUAAUGGUGCUUUAGGCUGUAAAGCCAUGCAAUAUUGGUAUGAGGAAGAAGUCUGGAGUCCAAAAAUGGUAACCAGAAUAUCCAAUACGGUGGUCUGAAAUCAAAGAUGGCGGCUUUAAAUUCAAGAUGGCGACUGUUUAAUGGAGUUUUAGGUCCUAGAACACGCAAUAUGGGAAUAUUUUGAUUUUUGAGUUCGGAUUCUUCUGGCGACCGGAAUAUCCAAGAUUGCGAUCUAAAAUUUAACAUGGCGGCUCCAAAUUCAAGAUGGCGGUUGAUUAAUUUUAAUUUAGGCUCGAAAACCAAACAAUAAUAGUAUAUUUAGCAUACCGAAGAUGUCUGGACUCCAAAAAUAACGACUAGAUAAUACAAGAUGGUGAUCUGAAAUCCGAAACAGUGCCUCAAGAUGGCUGCUGUUUAAUGGAGGUUUAAGCUUUAAAAUCUUUCAAAAAUGGCGACCAAUAUAUCCAAGAUUGCGGUCCAAAAUAUAAGAUGACGUCUCAAAAUUCAAGUCGGUUGCUAUUCAAUGGUGUUUUGGGCUAAUAAAUCAUUCAAUAUGGGUAUAUUUGGUAUGGAAAUUUUCGGAUUCCAAAAAUAGCAAUCAUAAUAAUCAAUAUGUUGGUUUGAAAUCCAAGAUGGCGGCUCCAAAUUCAAGAUAGAGGUAGUUUAAUGGAGUUUUAGGCCUAAGACGUAAUAUGGGUAUAUGUGGUACGGGGAAGAUGUCCGGAGUCUAAAAAUGGAGACCAGAUUGUCCAAGAUGGCGGUCUAAAACCCAAUAGGGCUGCUCAAAAUUCAAGAUUGCGGUUUUCUUAAGAAUUUAAGGUUCAAACAUCAAAAACUAGAUGUAAACGAUAUAGUUUCCGGGGCCAUGAAAUCAUUUUUUGUCAAACGUAUGAAAGUGCGAUAUUCAUCUACAUAUCACUUGAGUUUUGUGGAUAUGGAUUUUCGAAGGCACGAGAAAGGAACAAGCGCCACUAUUUGGAUUAAUUAGGGUUUUUUUCAUCCAAAUGCUAGUUCAAAAUACUCACAUUUGUGUUCUAUGCUGUUCAUUCAAUUUUGGCUUCCUGCACCUAACUAUCAAAGUUUGGUUGGUUUGCUCUUCGCUCUAAGACAACAUCAACGAUAGCGUAUGAGAGAAGAGAUAAAAAGGGGCACCUAGUGUAUUUAACCCCCAAAACCCCUCCCUUGUGCACGGGCUUGUGCUGUAAACACCCUGAUGCCACGUCUUUUGAAAAAUGAAUGAACUCCACCUUUUUUUCUGAAUCGGUACAGCAAACUCUGAAUCAAUAAGCCCUCAAGAUUUUGAUAGCCUUUUUAAAACAAAUAGUCUUGCUUAUCUUUAUAAAUUGUCUUUUAGAUUCACAAGCCGUUUUGAAAAGUUUGUCUUUGUUCGUAACGAGAAAACCUCCUUUAGAAAGAAAAUAUUUUACCAAGUUCAGGCAAAACUUCACAAAAGAUCUAUAAAGAUGUCUUUUUAUUUAUUCCAAGAAAAGUUUGUUUUAUUUAAUGAAAAAAUCUAGGUUAUUUUUAUUUUGUAUCUUUUGACACUUGAAAAUAUUGUUUCCAUCCAGUAUACUUUCGGAAGAGAUUCUAGACGUGUGUGUGAAAAUCGUCUUUGCACAAAUAUUUUCCAGUACUUUCACAAACAUUUUUUAAGAGUUGAUGUCAAAAAUUACUUUCAGAAUUUCAUGUAAAUGAAUAUUAACUACUGAAAUUUUGCCAAUAUCAUGAAGAUAUUUUAAAAAAUUUGGAAAGUUUUACAAACUGGAAUAGACUACUUUUUCGAAUUUUGUUCCCAAAAUAUUUGAACCUGUUGUCAAGCACGGCGUGUGUCGCUUGAAUAACGAGAUAAGGCUGAACUUUACAGGUUAUCUGUCAUGGGUUUUUUACUUGUGGCAGAACCCGUCAUUGUAAUAUAUUUAAUUCACGAAAAUGAAAUUUAAAUAAUGUCCAUUUCCAAGCACUUCUACCAGGAAAUUAUUCCAAAAAAAAUUACAGGAUUUUUGCCUACAAUUUAUCUUAGAAGGAAGUGUUGCCCAAACUUUCGGAAUUUAGCUAAAAUCUUCAGGGAUUAGACAAGAUACUCUUCAGUCUUCAUUUCAUUUCAAUUCUUUUUAAAAUAUCCAUUCUGAAUCGGCUACAAAUACUUACACACAUUGCUCAGAAAAUCAUGUCUGCAGGUUUUUCUUCAUUGGCUUCCCAAGAAAUUACACAAGAAAACUUUAAAAAAGUUAUCAAAGACCUCAAGUAUCUCCACCAGCCAGAUUUCCGAAAAUUCUUCCCAGAACCCUGAAAUCCCUACAAUUCAUUCUUAAAUUUCUCAAAAAUCACGAGAAGCCCCACAGUUCCAAGAGUUAUAUAUAGUGUUGGUAAAAACUCAAAUUCUCAAAUCUCACGGUUGAUUUGUUUCACGUGCGAUUCUUGACUCGCCAAACUCACCGCCGAAAAAAUCAUGCAUGAACUGACUCGCGAUUUCAUUCAUUGCAUCAUUUCUUGGUGUUCUUAUUAUUUACAUCAAAGUUUUUAGGAUUAUAUGAUAGAACAAAAGCAAAGCCUUACAAGCGAACGAGAUUUCGGAGCUUGACUCGUGAGAGCGAGAUUUUGCAUGAAAAUCUCGCACGUGAGAAAAUGAUUCAGAAUCGCGCGCGAGUUUGCUCACGCAGGGGUGGUUCAUGAGUCUGCUUUGAGUGUGAUUUUACCAACACUGGUUAUAAAUACAGAGUUCGAUAUACUUUUCAGAAAAUCCCAAAGCUGGCUGUAACAAAUUCCAUUCGCAAAUUUAUCAAAACUGGAUCUAGGGUUUUACACAAAAUUUGCCCGUGUUCGUGUCUACCCGGGUAGAGGCUAAUGGCAAACAAAGGACAAAAUAAUAACUGGUUUUGACAUCAUUUCUCGUUUUGCCAUUCUUCUGUUAUUAUGAAAAACUUAAAAUGGCAAAUCAAUAGCAAAAUAUACCUUCAUAGCAAAUUUUGUCAUUGAUAUGUUAUUCAUAACAUUCCCAGUUGUGCAUUUGGACGAGUCGGACGUGUGCUCCGUAUCUCACCACGCGAUAGACCUCGUAUAAGUGGAGUUUUUUCCCCCGCAAGUGCGGAAGGUUUUUUAUAUCGUACGUUUUCCUGCUUGUGCGAAGUGUAGUGUCGCAAGGUGGUAUCCUGCGCAACCCGGGAAGCGAGGUGCUUGCAUCAUCGUACAUCAAAGAAGAAGCAUCGCAUCCAAGAAAGUCAUCUUUAUCGCCAUCAUCAGCCCCUCCGUCAUCGAAGAGGACGGCGGCGACGGGUGCGAAGGCAGACGCGACGGACAGCUGUACCAUCGACCUGCCUGUGAUAAAUAUCUGCCUGCUUCGGUCAGAUAAGUAUCACUCUUUCGAUACACUCUUUUGUCCGCCCAAUUUGUUUUGAUCGCUUUUGUCUAUUGUAUCCCCAGUCCACAUUCGACCACGUGCUUUUUUGACAUCCAUAACAGUGGUUCCCAAACUACUGUAUACGGGUAAGGGUGUACAAACUGUAAAUAACAGAACUUUUUUUUGUGUUUUUUUUUAUUAGCUAUUUUUUCUUUUUUUUUCAAUACCGUUUUUUUUGCAUCCUACAGGGUGCGCUAAAAUAAACAUAAGAAUUGAAUUCGUAUAUUAUUAGAACAAGUUUUUUUUUUGCUUUAUUUUUUUUAUAUUUUUAUCAUUGUUUGGUUUACAAACCAAACAGUUGUCGUCCUAAGGAAGAAAGUGCACUGUAAAUACUUUAAGGUUUUUCUCUUCCUCUUUUGCACUUUUGAGUUAUUUUCCAUAAAUUUGUUUCCACAUGGACGAUUCGAUUGGAGGCGAAACGCCUCCCAAUGGUAUCAUUGCUCGUACGCGUUUUUAUCAGCCAUCUUCGCCUGGACCUUGGGUUGUCUAUUUCCGGCGCAAAUGCAAACCAUUGAAUAUGCUUUCGAUUUCUCGAGAGCUGACGCGUAAGUAUCCUGGGACCGUUAUUCACCAAGUGAAAGCAUCCAAGCUGCGUGUUACCGCACCUAGCUACAAAGCAGCAAAUGAAAUUGCUCAACACGAAGCGUUUACUGUUGAAUACGCGGUCUAUGUGCCAGCACGAGAAGUGGAGGUGGAGGGGAAGAUCCUCGACGAAAUGCUGACAUGUGAGGACAUCAAGACCGGCUUUGGUCGAUUCAAAAAUAGGUCAAUUCCUGAUGUGGCUAUCCUAGACUGUAAACGCUUAUCUAAGGGUUCCAUGGAAGGAAAUAAAAAGGUGUACUCGCCUUCAGCGUUUUUUCGAGUGACUUUUCCAGGUUCCGUCCUCCCGGAAUUUGUUGUAAUUGAUGGUGGUUUUUACCCAGUGCAUCUUUUUAGGCCGAAGGUUUUUAAUUGUACCAAAUGCAAGCAGUUUGGUCACAGUGAUAGCUUUUGCGACAACAAGCCCCGUUGUGGCAAAUGCAACCAAGCUCAUUUGGAGGACUCUUGCACACAGGAAGCGGAAAAAUGCAGCUACUGUGGCGGAGAUCCACACGACUUGCAAGUUUGCCCGGCUUACAAAAGACGCAUUCGAAAUGAGAGUCGCUCUAUCAUAAAGCGCUCCAAACAGACAUAUGCGGAGAUGGUGAAAUCUUUUAAAACACCAGAUUCCGUGUCUGAAUCAGCUGUCCCAGUUGAAAAUCCCUAUCAGGAGUUGUCUUCCGAUGAUCAGGACGAUGGCGAAACUGAUGAGGGUAGAUCUCUUUCGGAGGUACACGCACCUGGAAAAAGGAAGUCAUCAUCUUCCCCGGGAUUGCGCCGAAAGGUCUUUUUAAAGUCUUCCCUCAAAAGUUUGCCUAAUGUUAAAGGAGACGGGGUAAACUUAAAAACUCCGAAGAAUCAGGUUCCUUCAACUUCAGAUCCAUGUUGUAGCAAGAACCUGUCACCCCCGUCUCCACCUGUUAAAUACACUUCAAAGAGAAAUAAUCGACAAGGUAGCAAGAAAAAAGCUACCAAAGUUCCUCGCAGUUCAAACAAGCCUCCUAGACCCAAGCGAGGACUGUUUACUUUUAGGGUUCUCGUGGAUCGCUUAUAUAAUGCCCUCAGCCUUCCAGAAACAUUUAGAGGCAUUAUUGAUAUGUUUAUACCUACAGUAGAAGAAUAUCUUCGGAAUCUGACACAAUCAUGGCCCCUCCUUGCUGCGAUCAUAUCUUUCGAUGGAUAAUUCAUCAAGUGAGGUACAAGAUAUGAUCACUGUGCUACAGUGGAACUGUCAUAGUCUAAAACCUAAAUUAGACCUGUUUAAGUUUUUGAUUCACAACUCUGAUUGUGAUAUAUUUGCCCUUUGUGAAACAUGGCUUUCUUCUGAAGAUGAACUCAACUUCCACGAUUUUAACAUUAUACGCCAGGAUAGAGAUGAUCAUUAUGGGGGAGUUCUUUUGGGGAUCAAAAAGACUUACUCAUUUUAUAGAAUUCCAAUCGCGACUCAUCCUGGCGUAGAAAUCGUCGCUUGCCAAAUAAACGUAAAGGGUAAAGAACUUUGCGUAGCUUCUGUUUACAUUCCUCCAAGAAUUUCAAUUAACCGCCGUCAUCUUUGGAAUGCGGUUUCUGCACUAUCACAUCCAGUUUUAAUUCUGGGUGAUAUGAACGCGCAUGGUACAGGGUGGGGCGAACCAUAUGACGAUAAUAGAGCGGCCGUUUUCUAUGAUUUGUGCGACGAUUUCAAUUUGAAUAUUUUAAAUACAGGUGAAGUGACACGUAUUGCAUCUGACGGCAAAGAAAGUCGUCUCGACCUAUCACUGGGGUCAAGUUCACUAUCAUUCGAUUGCUUGUGGAAGGUAAUCGAGGAUCCUCAUGGUAGUGAUCACUUACCCAUUAUAACCACCAUAAAGCAUAAUAGUGAAAGGUCAGACCAUCCAAUUCAGGUUCCUUUUGACCUCACAAGGAAUAUCGAUUGGCAAAAGUAUGCAGAAGCGGUAUCUUUUGGCAUCGAAUCAUUCAAUCCCCUCCCACCUUUGGAUGAGUAUCGAUUCCUGUCUGAACUGAUAUAUAAGAGUGCAUUAGAAUCACAAAAACGACGUGUUCCAAGUGCAACCUUCAAAAGAAGACCAGCCACACUAGGCUGGGAUGAUGAUUGCACCCAGUUGUAUCUUAAAAAAUCUGAUGCUUUCAAAACUUUUCGUAGGCACGGUACCUCAGAUCUUUAUCAAGAGUACGCAAAGCUCGAAAGACAGCUGAGAAACCUGCUGAAAGCGAAGAAGCGUAGUUAUUGGCGACACUUCAUUGAGGGUCUCUCAAGAGAAACUUCAAUGACAACGCUUUGGAGAGUGGCUCGCAACAUGCGAAACCGCUCUUCUUCUAAUGAGAGUGACGAAUACUCCAACCGUUGGAUAUUCAGCUUCGCGAAAAAGGUCUGCCCAGACUCAGUCCCAGCACAACCGAUUUCUUGGGAAACAUCCCCAAGAGACGGUUCUCUGGACAGACCCUUCAGUAUGCUGGAACUUUCUAUGGCUCUUCUUUCAUCAAACAAUUCCGCUCCGGGACGCGAUAUGAUCAAGUUCAAUCUUCUAAAGAAUCUCCCAGAUAUCGCGAAAAGACGAUUACUGGACCUGUUCAACUCAUUCAUGGAGAACAACAUCGUUCCGCAUGAAUGGAGACAGGUCAAAGUAAUAGCUAUUCAAAAGCCUGGUAAACCAGCGUCUGAUCAUAAUUCAUACCGCCCAAUUGCUAUGUUAUCAUGUUUAAGGAAAUUGUUGGAAAAAAUGAUCCUAUCACGACUCGAUCAUUGGGUCGAAUCGAAUAACUUGCUUUCAAAUACACAGCUCGGGUUUCGCAAGGGCAAAGGAACAAACGAUUGUCUAGCGUUGCUUUCAACAGAUAUUCAACUGGCCUUUGCGGAAAAGGAGCAACUGGCUUCAGUUUUCUUGGAUAUUAAGGGCGCCUUUGAUUCAGUUUCCAUAGGAAUAUUGUCAGAAAAACUGCACAAUAGUGGACUUCCAGGAAUUUUAAAUAAUUUCUUGUAUAAUUUGCUGUCAGAAAAACAUAUGAGUUUCAAUCUCGGACAACUGACAACUUCCAGAAUUAGUUACAUGGGCCUACCCCAAGGCUCAUGUUUAAGUCCCUUGCUUUAUAAUUUUUACGUGAAAGACAUUGAUAGUUGCUUGGAAGGACAAUGCACGCUAAGACAACUUGCAGAUGAUGCUGUGGUUUCUCUAAAAGGCCCACAUGCAGAAAUGUUGCAAAGACCAUUGCAAAAUUCUCUAAAUAAUCUGUCAAUCUGGGCAAGAGAUUUAGGGAUCGAGUUUGCUCCGCAAAAAACUCAAUUGGUUGUGUUUUCUAGAAAGCGGAACCCAGCCCAACUGAAGCUCAAUCUUUUGGGAAUAGAAAUCGACCAGUCUUUGACUUCGAAAUACCUUGGGGUCUGGUUUGAUUCAAAAGGCACUUGGGGUACCCAAAUCAAGUAUUUGGUGCAAAAAUGUCAACAAAGGAUCAAUUUUCUACGCACAAUUACCGGAACAUGGUGGGGUGCUCACCCGGAAGACCUCAUAAAACUUUACAAAACGACUAUUCUCUCUGUUAUUGAGUAUGGCUCUUUCUGCUUCCACUCAGCAGCAAACUGCCACCUAAUAAAGUUGGAACGAAUUCAAUACCGUUGUUUGCGUAUUGCUCUCGGCUGUAUGCACUCAACGCAUAAUGCGAGCCUUGAGGUCCUGGCAGGGGUGAAACCUCUCCAGAACCGAUUCUGGGAGCUCUCGCUAAGGUUACUUAUCAAGUGUGGAGUGAGCAACACACUUGUCAUUGAAAACUUCGAAGAAAUGCUCAGUCUGAACACUCAAUCAAAAUUCAUGAGAAUUUAUCUGUUCUACAUGUCAUCUGACAUAAGCCUACCAAGUUAUAAUCCUCCUCGUGUACACUUCACUAAUGACAGUACCUCUGUUAAAUACGAUCUGUCCAUGAAACAAGCUAUUCAUGGAAUACCAGAUCAACUUCGAUGUAUAUCUAUUCCUCGCAUUUUUAACGAAAAGUACCAAAAUGUCAAUUCCUGUAAGAGAUUCUUCACUGAUGGGUCUCGCAUAAAUGGAUCCACUGGUUUCGGUGUCUUCAAUGAAAAUUCCACCGCCUUCCGCAAACUUCAGGAACCUUGCUCGGUUUAUGUUGCUGAGCUGGCAGCAAUCAAUUUCGCUUUGGGGAUGAUUUCAAACAUGCCCGUAGACCAUUUCUUCAUCUUCUCGGAUAGCCUUAGUUCGAUUGAGGCACUCCGGUCGAUGAAACCUGUAAAACAUUCAUCUUACUUUCUUACAAAAAUAAGGGAGCAGAUGGGUGCACUGGUCGAAAGAUCAUACAAGAUUACCUUUGUAUGGGUCCCCUCACAUUGCUCAAUUUAUGGCAAUGAGAAGGCGGACUCUCUCGCAAAGGUGGGCGCACAGGAAGGUGAGAUCUAUGAUAGAAGAAUUUCACAUGAUGAAUUUUUCCAUUUUGUUCGCCAGAGUUCUCUUCAAAGUUGGCAAAAUGAUUGGCAAGAUGGCCAGCUGGGACGGUGGUUACAUUCCAUUAUUCCUAAUGUUUCUUUGCGAGUGUGGUGGUAUGGUCUGGAUGUAAGUCGCAA